AAAGCGUCUCUGAGGCAACCUCGGAAUGCUGCCUCUGUUUGAGAGCCUGUCUCCUUGAGCCUUGGACCAGCGAUGGAUGCCACGACCCGGCCGCACCGCAUUCCCCCGGUGAUGGGGGUCUACGCCGAGAAGCACAAGGUCUUCCAGCUGAUGCAGAACAUGACGGAGGCCCUGCUCAUCUUCCGGCCGGAGGACCCCAUCGACUUCAUGAUCGAGCACCUGAAGAAGGACAACGACGAGGUGCCGGCGGUGUUUGUGCUGGGCCCGCCGGCCGCGGGGAAGACCACCAUCUCCCGCUGGCUCUGCAAGCACCUCAGCGCCACCUACCUCAACCCUCAGCAGCUCCUGAAGAACAAGCUCCUGCACCGCUCCCGCGAGGCUCUCCAGCAGCAGGAGCGCGAGGGCAGCGUCUCGGAUGAGUUGUGGGCCGCGCUGCUGGAGGACCGCCUGGCCGACGUGGACUGCGUCAAGCUGGGCUGGGUGCUGGACGGCUUCCCCGAGACACGGGCCCAAGCCCGGUUGCUGCAGGCACUGGGCGUUGCCCCCCGGCACGUGGUGGUCCUGGACGCGCCCGAGAUGGUCCUCGUGGAGCGGAACCUGGGCAAGCGCCUGGACCCGGUCACCCAGGAGGUCUACCACACCACCUUCGACUGGCCCAUCGACUUCACCGUGCAGAAGCGGCUGAUCAAGCCCGAGGGCACCUCAGCCCAGGAUACUGCCAAGCGCCUGCUGGAGAGCCACCGCAACAUCCCGGACCUCCUCCGGACGUACCCGGACAACCACAAGAUCAUCAGCGCUGACCAGCCCUGCGCUGACGUCUUCGCCCAGGCCCUGAGCUUCGUCCAGAGCCGCUUCCGCUCUGGGGCGCCCUUCUCGCCACGAGUGUUGCUCUUGGGGCCGCCGGGCAGCGGGAAGAGUCUGCAGGCGGCCCUCCUGGCCCAGAAGUACGGCCUCGUGCCCGUCUCCUUCGUGGACCUGCUCCGGGAGGAAGUGGCCGGCCGGACGGCGCUGGGGGAGCUCAUCAAGCCCUCUUUCGAGAGUGGAUACCCGGUGGGUGACAGUGUGGCGCUGCGGGUGCUGGGGAACCGCCUGGCCCAGCCGGACUGCAUCACCCGUGGGUGGGUGAUGCACGGCUUCCCCCGAGACGUGGACCAGGCCGACCUCCUGCGCCGCGCGGGUCUGGAGCCCAACCGUGUCUUCUUCCUGCAUCUGCCAACCGAGGUGGCUGCCCAGCGCCUCUGCCAGCGGGCCACCGACCCUGUCUCCGGGGACCGCUACCACACCAUCUUCAAGCCUCCGGCCAAUGAGGAGAUCCACCACCGCCUGCGCCGCAACCCCCGGGACAACCCUCCACGGGUAGAGAAGAAGACCGAGGUCUACGACCGGCAGGUGUGCGACCUGGAGGACUUCUACGAGGAGGCCCUCUUCGUCAACGCCGACCAGGACCCCUACACCGUCUUUGAGUAUCUCGAGAGCUGCCUGGUCACGCCCCUGCCGGUCACCAAGCCCGGGAUACGGUCCCUGGCCGGAAGCAGCAGUCGCCAGUGA